CCUCACCUCACCUCCCACACAUUAUCUGUUGCGCUUUUGUCCUUCUGACUGAAAUUAUCAAGUUUUAGGGGAGGGGGUGGUCUAUGUGGACACACACAAACCCACACAAACAGGCACGCACACACACUACACACAUACACACACACUCACACACACACAGGGCUGCAGGGCGCUCCCAGUCGCGCUAGAAUGAUACCAGGAGCUGAGUUUCUCUGCAUUACCGGCGCGAAAGGCAAAAGAGGCGGGGCGCGCAAGCUCUGACACACCGGCAAAGAGCAGUUUAACGGCUGUGUUAACGGACGCUUGCUUACUAGCAUGUAAUUUGUGACGUCGGUUGUAAUGCAAAGACUACCGAAGCUUGCGGCUGGUGUAAGAGUGUCGCGUGGAUGAACAGAACUCCGCCAGCCACCCAGGCAUAGGGGUAGUGGCGCGCGAGGAGAUAAUGACAAAGACUCCGCAGCAGCGCGAGCAGGAUAGAAUCUUGUUGACUCAAACCUGGGUCUCUCAACACCAGCUUGCCGGUAGGUUAGCGGACAAACGGAUAACCGGACUAACCAACCAAGUAAACGGGAAAACGGACAGGGCGAAAUCAGACUGUCUGUCGAUCUGAUCCACAGAAGAUGAACAUCGUGACAAGACCGAGAUAGUCUCAUCUGAUCGUUGUGCUGUCAGUUACAUCUCUUUUUCUCUACGCUCCCCCUCCCAACAGCGACAACCUGUCCGAUUCCUAAUUGCGCGCAUGCAUGGGCUACACCAGAGUCUUCGGUAACAUGGGUUAGUCUCACAGGACCACACUCCAUCAGAGAACAUCAUACCUGGCGUUUCCCUCUGAAUCCUGUUGCUCAUCUGCAGACUUCUAUCUGUCUACGCUAUCUGCGCUGCGCCCUGCAACCGAGUCUGAUGACAGAAGCCCUGGAGAAGGAGCACUCUGAGCGGGGAGACCUGGUUUCUCCCCCGCGUUUCUCUAACUGUCUGCCCGGGGACAGCUUCGAGCACCGGCCCAGAAAGAGUGACGGUGCUCCCGAUGCCGCGAGCGCCUGAUGGUCGGCGGUCCCGGAGUUUCCGGUCGGUGGGAGAGGCUCGAGCCGCGGCCGCGCGCUAGGAUGCUGCGCCAGGUGUUGCAUGCGGGCCUGAGAAGCUCUUUUCACAUGCUGGGUCGGUUUAUCGCGAGCCACCCUGUAUUCUUCGCUUCAGCUCCCGUUCUCCUCUCCAUCCUUUUGGGCGCGAGCUUCAGUAGGUACCGCGUGGAGGAAAACGUGGAAUAUUUAUUUGCGCCCAAACACAGCCUGGCUAAGAUCGAGGGGAACCUAGUGGACAGCUUGUUUCCGGUGAACCGGUCCAAGCACGCUCUCUACUCUGAUCUGCAGACACCGGGCCGGUAUGGGCGCGUCAUCAUCACCACCCGCAGGGGUAGUGUUCUGGACCCGGUUCACUUGGACUUAAUCCUGAAGCUCCACAGGUUAAUUUACCAGAUACAGGUGCCAGUGCUGGGCUUCAACUACUCCUUCUCUCACCUGUGUCUCCUUGACGUCAAAGACUCCUGCAUCAUCGAUGACAUCAUACGCGCUAUGGAUGACAUCCAAUCAGCCCGCUCCUCCAACCGCUCCGCCUCAGCCUUGCGAUACCCAAUCACGAGGCUCGCCGACGGACGGCAAGCCUACAUCGGUCACCAGCUGGGAGGCGUGCAGGGCUGGGGAGCUGGGACCGGGGCCAGGGCUCCUGGGGGAGGAGCUAAAGGAGAGGGUGUGCGUUCCGCCAGGGCUCUCCAGCUGACCUAUUACCUGCAGGCUCGCGGCGCUCUGAUGGACAGGGUGGCGGGCCAAUGGGAGAAGGCGUUCUGCGCCGAGCUGCAGCAGUUCGGGGCGGGACAUCCUGAGCUGGGUCUGUAUCCGUUCACCUCGUCGUCGCUGAGGACGGACUUCCAGUUCUCCACGGUGCUGUCGCGCCGCCCCCUGCUGGCCAGCCUGGGGGUGUGCAGCGUGCUGGCGGUGCUGUGCGGCUCCAUGAGGGACUGCGUCCGGUCCAAGCCCUGGCUGGGCCUGCUGGCUCUGCUCUCCAUCACCCUGUCAGGGCUGACAGCGGCCGGCAUCCUCAACCUGACUGGAGCCACCUACAACUCUACUUACCUGGGGAUUCCCUUUAUCAUGCUGGGUCACGGGCUGUUCGGGUCGUUCGAGAUGCUGUCGUCAUGGAGACGCACGCGGGAGGACCAGCAUGUGAAGGAGCGCGUGGCGCGAGUGUUCGGCGAUGUGAUGCUGCGUUUCUCCGGCAACACCAUGCUGCACCUGACGACCCUUGGGCUGGCCGCCUCCCCCCUCACCAACAUGGAGGCUGUGAGGCUCUUCUGUCGGACCGGCGCCCUGGCGGUAUCCGUCGGUUACCUCUACACGCUGUCCUUCUACACUUCCUGUUUGGUGUUCACCGGUUACCUGGAGACGGGGUAUCGUCACGGCUGCUUCUGCAGGCAAGUGCCCAAGCCGGAGCGUCUGGAGUCCAAACCGGCCUGGUACCGCUGCCUCAUGUACACACGCUACCAGGACGAGACGCACGCAAUCUCUCAGACAAACACGCCCAACGCGCCGCACGCGCCCAACCCCAGUCUCACACACCCUCACGGGCACCGGCAACCGGCUCACGCACACCCUUCGAACCCUCCGCACGCGCACGCGCUCGCACAUCCCCCGACGGUCAUCCCCGAACCCUACCCACAGGACUCCCACCUGUUGCUAGGGUGCGUUCGUCGUUGCUACGGAGACUGGAUCACUAACACCUACGUGAAGCCGUUUGUAGUGCUGCUCUACCUGGUCUACAUCUCCUUCGGUCUGAUGGGAGUCCUGCAGGUGACCCAGGGUUCAGAUCCCAGCCUGGUUGCCAUGGACACCGCGACUGUGCUGUAUGCCCGUGCGCAGCAGCGCUACUUCAGUUCCUACUCUCCCGUGAUUGGUUUCUACGUGUACGAGAGCGCACCCUACUGGAAUGCCUCGGUGCAGCGGGACUUGUUGGAAUACGCCAAAGGCUUCCAGCGAAUCAGUUGGCUGGAAUCCUACCUGGACUACCUCUCCGAACAGAACCUGUCCACCAGCCAAUCCCGAGACAGCUUCACUCGCACGCUCCGCCUCUCCUUCCUCCGUGAGCAGCGCUACGCCCACUUCGCCGACGACAUCAUCUUCGCCGAGCGUGGCCAGGGCGAGGAGCCGGAGGUGGCCGCGUCCCGCGUCUUCCUGGUCGCCAAGACAACGGAGAACAAGCGCGAGGAGAUGUCGGUGCUGCUGGACACGCUGCGGCGCCUGUCGCUCACCUCCCGCGUCCGCUUCCUCAUCUUCAACCCCUCCUUCGUCUACCUGGACCGCUACGCCGCCGCCGUCAGCUACCCCCUGAGACACUCCCUGCUGGCCGUGCUCUUCCUGUUGGGCCUGUCGUCGCUGGCUGUGGUGGAGCCUCUGGUGGCGGUGUGGCUGGGCCUCACCCUGGUGUCGGUGCAGUUCGGCGUGGUGGGUUUCAUGACCCUGUGGGGGGUGGAACUGGACUGCGUGUCGGUGCUGUGUCUGAUCUCGGCGCUGGGCCACGCGGCCGACUGCUGCGGACCCCUGCUGUGCGGCUUCGCGGCGGGCCGGGGCGACAGCCGGACUCGCUGGGUACGCGUGGCGCUGGAGAGGCACGGCGUGCCCUCGCUUCAGACGCUGGUGUGCUACGGCGCCGCCCUGGUGCCCGUGGCGUGCGUGCGCUCCAACCUCACGCACACGCUGUUCCGCUGCCUGGCGCUGGCGGCCGGCUGCUCCGCCCUGCACACGCUGGCCUUCCUCCCCACCCUCCUCACCUUCCUGCCGCCCUCCAAGAGCCGGGAACGGCGCCCCGGGGGGGAGGGGCAUAGGCAGGAAGUGGAGUGCGUGAGUAUGAACGACAGCACUCGCGUGGUCGACCAGAUAACCACCGUCUGAUGGGACGUGAUGUCGUGGCGGCCAGGGGGUCGGCGUGGUUGGGCGGUGACACGCUCUGUAGGGACUGCACGCUGGGGAUUGGUCCAUCUGUGAUGGAUCGUCCAAUGGGCAUGUGGGGGAAAUGUCCAAUGAGAGAGAGGCUGGAGGUGAGUCAACGGAAGACAGAGGUGGAGGGAAGACAGGUAGAGAAAGAGAGACAGGAAGAAAAAGAAACGCCUGCAGGAAAAUCAGAGAGAGAGAGAAUGACAAAAGGAAGAGGAAAAAAAAAAGAAAAACAGUGGAUGAGAAAGAGAGAGAGAGAGCGAGAGCAAAGGAGAGAGUGGUGCAAUGUCUCCAUGGUUACCGUCUUGUUGCUAGCGCUGUAUUGCAUAUUGAUGCGCUCUGCUCCGAAGGGCCAAUCAGAUGCUGAGGGUGGGUUCCGGACUGGACAUUAUAUUGCAGGCCAAAGUAGAGACAUAUCACACCAGAGCCCUGUCUUUGCUAACAGGUGUCUCCAGGGCUCCCCUGCAGUCUAAUAUCACCCAGAACAGAAUGAUGGGUGAGAACAGGAAAUUGCAAUGGUAAUUUGGAAAAAUGAAUUAGUCAUUUUAGGGAGAUU